AUGGAUCGAAAGUAUAUUUUGUAUACUAUUUUACUAGUAUAAAAGCGGCAAGUUAGUACAAAUCAGCAUCCAGUUGAUUGUCUGGGAUCGAUGCGAACAAUUAUAAGUGGGAUCGCAAUGAAGUUAUUUAUCUGUCUGUCAGCACUUUUGUUGGUUUCAGCUAACGCUGAAUCAGAUCAAAAGAAACCUGAAAGCAAUGCAGUGCCUUUGGAGAAGAAGUUAGACAAACGUGGGCUCUUGAAUUUGGGGUAUGGCUACGGAAUCAACGGAUUGGAUGUUGGAUAUAUCGGCGGUGGUCAUUUCGGAGGAGCAUACCAUUCGGGCGCUCACAGCUACGGCCAUGGAAGCCACGGUUUCCUGCUAGGAGGACACACUGAUGUCACGAAAACAGUGACCCUGGUCAAGGGAGUGCCAGUGCCAUACACGGUUGAAAAGCACAUUCCUUACACUGUCGAGAAGCACAUUCCUGUUCCAGUGAAGGUUCCAAUUCCUCAGCCAUACGAAGUUAUCAAACACGUGCCAGUGCCAGUAAAGGAAUACGUUAAGGUCCCCGUACAUGUGCCAGCUCCAUACACAGUGGAGAAAAAAGUGCCCUACCCAGUCCACGUUCCCGUUGAUCGGCCAUACCCCGUCAAGGUCCUCGUGCCACAGCCAUACGAAGUCACCAAGCACGUCCCUUACCCAGUGAAGGUUCCAGUUCCGCAGCCAUAUGAAGUUACCAAGCACGUCCCAGUUCCGGUUAAGGUUGAAGUCCCCGUCCCAGUGCCGUACACCGUCGAGAAGAAGGUCCCAGUUGAGGUUAAGGUUCCGGUUGAUCGUCCCUACCCAGUCCAUGUCCCUGCUCCAUACCCGGUCCCAGUCGAGAAACCCGUCCCGUAUACCGUCGAGAAGCCAUACCCGGUUCAUGUUAAGGUUCCGGUUGACCGUCCCUAUCCGGUUCCGGUAGAGAAACCGGUCCCAUACCCCGUUAAGGUUCCGGUACCUCAGCCCUACUACGUCGAAAAGCAUGUCCCAUACACCGUUGAACGGCCAGUCCCAGUCCCAGUGAAGGUCCCGAUCGAUCGUCCUUACCCAGUAACGGUCGAAAAGCACAUUCCGGUGGAAAAACCCGUGCCAGUUCCGGUCCCGGUCAAGGUUCCGGUUGCGGUUCCUGUGCACUCGCACUCGCAUCACCACCAUCAUGAGCCGGCUCACCAUUACGAUACGAGCUACACCAGCUUCAGCGGCUAUGGCCACGACUACAGUUACCACCAUUAGGGUUACCAAUCACAAACCAAGUUUAUAUUUAUUGGAAUGAACCUGCCAGUAGCCAAAAACAUGGGAACAAAUCGGACUCCAGAUAACAAAACCGAUCGAAUUCGAGCGGCGACGUUAACGUUAACCAAGGAGAUAUUAUCUUUUGCAAGAAAACAAACAAAUACCCAGAUAUCUGCACCAUAGAUCACAACCACAAUCGAACAACGAACUCACCUAAUUUGUUACCAUUUAACUUUUCUGUUUUCGUAAAUUAACGCGCUCUUUUGUUCUGUAUCUUCCUUCCGAUGCGAUAAUGGUUACAUUUCUCUGAAUAGCUACCGCGAUUCCGUUUGUUUAGCGAUUUACGGCGCCAAGGUCCACCAUGGCGUCGCCAUCGUCUGAGAGCCCCUCGUGGUGGCAACAAUUUGUGGCAGCAGCACCACCAACGUCUUCAUCAACCGGACAUGCGACUUAACCAAAUAGUAUCACCCACCCACCCACGCUUGCGUAAUCGAAUGUUGUACCCGUUUAGGCCAAUCCGUCUACCCUUGAAAUAAUGUAUUUUGUCCUGCGCAGACUUUUGAUUUUCCAAAACGUCCCACUUCCCGCCACACACAUACGAAAACUUAAUCGCGUUACUCAACCAAUCGCUCUAACUUCUCGUAAGUUAUUCUUAGCGUGUACAACCAAAAUGUGAUUUAUAUUUUUUUUACGUUUUUUUUUUUGUUUGCUGGUAUUAGCAAAAAGUGCGAAACCAGAGGCGCGAAGAUGAGGCGUGCGAACUGCGUUUGCAAGCAAACGUUGCGCGAAUCUAUUAUUGUAUUUUAUAUGUAAAUAAGAGGAACACAAGUAAAAAAAAAACAAAAAUAAAGACGAAUCAGUUUUAUA